AUGUCGUGCCUGAUGGGCGCGAUCCGGCGAGCGUACUACGACAAGCAGAAGAUCUGCCACCCCGACAUAGCGGGGGAAGAAGGCGAAGAGAUGUGCAUCCUCCUGAAUGACGCCUACGACAUCCUCAGUAAGGACGACACUCGUGCAGCCUAUGAUGAAAAAUUGUGCGUUCAGAACCCGCGGGCCGAGGACGAGCCAGAGGUGGACACGGACCUGUCCCCGAGCUGGCAGAGGGCCUACGGGGACGAGGACCCCGACCCGUACGACGACGAUUUCGUCGAGACCGACAUCUUCGACGGGCGCGACGCCGUGUGGCAGGGCGAGCGGCCGCCGGUCUGGCGUGGCCAGCCGCUGUCGGCCUCCAGCUGGGAUCGCGUGGAGCCAGAGAAGCGCGGCGGCAAGUGGCAGGAGGAGUGGCCAGCCCGAGCGACAUCGGAGUAG